AUUCACUGACUGCAUCUUUUUUCGGUUUCCAGAUGAGCAAUUCCAACAAUGUGAUAAGACAGAAUAGGGAUCUAGCAGAGUCUUUGAAAGAUGGUGCUGUGUUUGCUUUCAAGGAUUGGGUGUCGAAGAUGGGAAUCUACAAGAUGGAGUUACUGCAACUGGGUAUCAACGUCAUGUGGUUUGCAAAUCGACACGACGAAGGUGUCAUACACCAUAAAUACUUUAAUCCUAUGCCCAUUGAAGUUAUUGCUCUUGUGCUUACAACUAUUGAAUGUUGUAUUGAUGAAUGGUUACAAGGUCUGAAGGAGGAUAUUAAAUUCACGUCGGCUACUUAUGGAACUGUCUACCAUGGUCAUUUCGGCUCAUUGCAGCGCUUUGAUGAGCGCACGGCGCCUUAUAAGCUCCUCGAAAGAAUUCGUACCAAUCUGCACAACACGGCUCGUUUCCAUGCAGGUGUCGACACCCUUACUAUCUCGUCAUCUGCAUCCCGGAUCAGUGAUGCAGCAUUCGAAGAUGCCAUCCGAGAGUAUCGACUUGAGGAGCAGGAUGAUGCGGAGGCUAGCGAGUCGUAAAAUACGUUGACUUGUUGAUUAGCAGGCAUUCAAAUUCAUUUGUUUUCGUGAUUCUGC